GACUACCCUUCCGUGCAGUAUGUACCUCGAAGGCAUAUUGUUAUCGACCUGCGGUCCAACUUGGAUCUGUUUCAUAAGUGAAUCGUGUGUUCUGAGAAAAUCUGGUAUGCAGCAGUACGCAUUCCCCCGAUGUGCUCUGACCGCGCUGUUCGCAAUGACACCGAAAGUGCUGAAAGUACUCGGCCGUUAUUAAUGGCAUACAUCGUGUCAUAGGGAUUUGAACGGAUGUCGGAAAAUGACCAGUGAAAGUGCAAUGACAAAGUGGUUCGUGCGUUGAUCGACACCAGUGAGAAUGACGGAAGGAUGGCGUCCAUCGUGAGGAGGUGGAGUGCAGUUCCGCUCAGGUGCUGCAAGGAGCCUCGGAGAUGAAGCUGGUACGCCCCGAGCUCACUAACCGCAGUUGGUGGGUGGACCUCUCCCAGCCCUUCAG